AAACCAUUAGCCCUCUGCAGCUAUCCGUGGCAGUCAAUCAAGCAGUCUGUCAGUGCAAGUGCUGAUGCAUUUGUGUUAUUCCUUCCCCGUACUUCCCACUUGGAGAAAACAUUGAACGGGCCGGUCGCUUCAUCGAGAGCCUGCUUUAUCUCAUUGCCGGGCUUUCUGUGGGAAAAUAAGAUUAUCGUCGUUUUCGCCGUCAAGAAAGGAAGACGCCUCGGGACAUGGCAAGACAAGAACAAGUCCUAGUGCUAGAGCCACAACACGAACUAAAAUUCAGAGGUAACGUUGAAGGCAGGGCCGGGCCAUCACAGAAGCUGUUAAAAAUAGUCUACAAAAUCCAUCUUUAGGUGUUUUACAUUUGCUUAGUGUUUUCACUUGUUUUCGUACCAUCAGAGAGUGUAUAGCUUUGUUUAAGUGUGUGACUGCUGUGACGAUCACAGGUAAAGCCACACUGUGACAGCGCUAACCAGCUAGGUAGCAUUCAGCUAGCCAAGGUAUGCUAGCUGUCAUUGUAGCGUCAGGACAGGCCCAGUGUCCCAUUUCCUUAAUUUACAGUACUUUGUUCCUUUAUUUUACUUUUUAGACUUUUACCCACAUUUGACACUAUUCUAUGUAUUUGGUGAAUACUUCGCUUAUUGCUGUGUGGCAGGGUUGUUAAAACCGUGAUGACAGGAAGUGACUAUUCUAGCAUUUUCUACGAUCCUCAUUACUACGAUUGUUUCCCAAUAUUACAUGCUAUGAGAUUUCCCUUCAUUCCCCCCUAUCCCUCGCAAUUGAGAACUAUUGGUGAAAUACAGACUGAGUUUAGGUGUCAGGAGUAUUGGUGAAUUCCGGGAUAAUUACAUUUGGGUUUGAUAAAGCUAAAGAAAGGCGAUCGGAUCAGUUUGCUGGGUUUGCAGCUGACUGAUUACUGCAGAGCUUUUAUUGGCAAUGAUGAUUUAGAAAAUGCAACACCCACUCAGUUUGUGAUACACAGCAUAGCUCACUAGAGGAAGGAGCAGAGUUAGGUUGUUCGACUAACAUACAUUUUGAAAACCAAGGUUGAGUUGUCUUAGGCGUUUGACGUUCAAGCAUGCUCAGACAGACUUGUGAGUGAUACUGUCUAAAUUCCACAAAAGCAACAUAAACUAUCAACAUAACUCAUCCCUACAAGACGGCCAAUAAGUGAGUGGUGGGUUUUAUACAGCAUCUGAUUAGGGUCUUUGGACUGGAAAUGGUUAAAGUAAUGAAGACUGCCCUUUACUGCUCAUGUCAGUUAUUGAAUGUAAAUGUAAAGUAUUAAUGACAUGCCCUGUGUUGGUGCUUAUAACACUAUUCACACAAUGUUCCUUGCAGACAUAUGUCAAUGGCAACAAACAAACAUAUUUUUAGGUUUCCUCCCAUUUUGAUAAGAAAAUAUACGGGUCAGUGACAAAUAAGGGUUUGCAUAAUGAGUAAUUAAAAAAUGGCUUAAUAAAUUGUUUUAAAAGUUUGCAUUAGGUUUGCAAAGAUGUAUAUUUUGUAUCUGUUGGUUUCAUAUGAUUUCAAAUAGCAUUUAAACCUUUUUUUUUUUACAAAAUGAAGAUGGAUUUCCCUUGAAAAUGUCUUGUGGUGUAACCACAACAAAAGGGGAAAUAUUAAAUACUUAUUUCCACCUACAGUGUAUGCAAGCAUACUUGAGCAAAAAGUUACUUAAUCAUAAUGUAUCAGUUAAAAAUACAUUUUGUUAGGAUUUUUUUUUGCCAAAAAAUUUGAUGCAUUUUGCAAUAUAGAGCAGGAGAAAUGCUUAAACGGAUGGCAUUUUCUAAAUAACAUUUGACAAACCUUGUAGAAACUGUUAAGAUAUAUAUUAAUGCAUUGCAGUAGAUGAGUACAUUCCAUUCCCCAUGCAUUUUCCUGAAUAAUAUAUACUUUUUAAUGAAAAAUAUGGGUUACACCAAUUGACACAAACCAGUUUCCUGCGUUUUUAUGGUUACACCACAUUGACAUUUUUCCCAUUAUUCCCUGAAUAUCCUCUCAAAAUGGAUAAAAUCCAGAAAUUUUAGACAAGGUCUUCAAAAAGAGAAUGUAUCCAAGUAAUUGGUGAGUUUAUUUUGGAAUUUUAGCCUUUUUAAAUUUAAGUAAACCAUGGGAACAUAUAAAAAAAACUGUCACAUCAUUGACCCAUACAUAUGUCACAAAUUUGCACAUGCUUUUUAGUUAUGAGAUUGUUGUCUCUCUGUCCACUGUAGGUCCUUUUACAGAUGUUGUCACUGCCACUCUGAAGCUCACCAACCCCACAGAUAGAAAUGUGUGUUUCAAAGUCAAGACAACAGCUCCUCGCAGAUACUGUGUGCGCCCAAACAGUGGCACCAUUGAUGCUGGAACCUCCGUAAAUGUUUCUGGUAAGUACACUUUUUGUUUUUUUUUUUGCUUCAAACAACAAAAUAGAAUAUGAAGCCUUCAUUCUAAAAGACGCUCAACAGAUGUAAAGCAAAAUGGCUGUUUCUGAAUGUUAAAGAGGCAUAUUGGUUGUUAGUUAAUGCCUGAUAACGAAAAGGAUACCUGCUAUGUUAUGUCAAAUAAACAGAUAAUAGAUCAAUAUCAGGUUUUAAGAGAAGUUAACUGUGUUUUUAAAUUGAAGACAAUUUCUUUUGUUUGAUGAAAAACAAUGAACAUGACACUAUUUUCAUUGUUCUAAAUCAAAAUUGAUGUCAUAUGGUAUUUGUUUUGUCUUCUGCAUAGGCAAGCAUUGCUGCAAAGUCAAAGUGUGAUUUCUGAUAAUAAAAAGUCACAGAACCUACAAAAAACAUGCUUUGCAUUGCUGCCAUAGCUAUUUUAUCUCAAGUGUUUAAAGCAGUUAAUUAUUUAGUAGUUUUUAGAGUCACUGUACUUAAUUGGUGUUGCUCAUUACUAUUUUUUAUUUAAAAUUCAUGCCAAGUCUUUUAUUGCUUUUAUCCACAGUUAUGCUUCAGCCUUUUGACUACGACCCAAAUGAAAAGAGUAAACACAAAUUCAUGGUUCAGUCUGUGCUGGCUCCUUUUGACAUGACUGACAUGGAGGGAGUUGUGAGUACAAGAUCAAAAGCAUUUUCAUCCUUUUUAGCAUAAAGGUGUAUGUACAUAUUCCUUUAACCUUGCGACUAUUGAGUGCUAUUUUUACACGUUCCCUCAUUGAGAAGGAACUUUUCUAAAAUGCAGAUACAAAACAAAAAAAUCACAACAUGUAGCAGUAGUUCUAAAAAUGCUGCUCUUGUCUUGGAUUGCAUCUGAUUGAUCUGAAAAUGAAUGCUUGAACUUUCUGUUUUCUUAUUUUUUCCCUAUUGAACUUCCUGCUUUACAGUGGAAGGAGGCAAAGCCUGAGGAGCUGAUGGAUUCGAAGUUGAGAUGUGCAUUUGAGAUGCCUCUAGAAAAUGACAAAACUGUGAGUCUUACCCUUUGGUCACAGUUAUGCUACAUGCUAUUGUUCUGUUACUGUUGAUGUCCUUAAGUGUCUGCCCCCCCCCCCAUCAGAUACAGUCCAAUAACUUUAAUGUUAAGCUAACCAACAGCAGUUUUCCCUCGAGUUAUUUCCUUUCCCCUAUGUCUCAAGCCCAUUUCAGACAUGCACAUAGUUAAAAAUUUCCCCAAAUUCCCAAUGUCUAUUAUGGAACAGAGCAGACAGAACAAAGAGAUGUCUGACAGGAACAUGAAAUGCAACCAAAACUUCUGCAACAAAUAAGACAACAGUAAUCAACUAAAAACACGUAAAGGAAAUGUGACAUAAGAUAAGAAAGGAUAAAAAGAACUUUAUCCCUGAGGGGAAACUUGAUGGCCUUCUUUGCUCUUGAAUUUGUGGUGAAUGCAAUGGGGGGAACCUUUUACAUCCUCCAAAUAGAGGCAUGGCAGAAAAAAAUUGGAAACCACGGGCUUAUAUCAUGGCGCUUGUGCUCUGUUUGGUUUUGCUGCUGGCCUCUACAGAGUGAGUUAUGAGUAGAGGCUAUCAGUUUGCGCCAUUUAUAAAUGUUUCAGGCCACAGAUAGGGGUUAGUGUGUUGCAAGAAUAACAUGAGCACGUUUGGCACUCAAUUAUGAAAUUCUGAUUGAAGAUUUCAGGUGUAUGAUCUGAGAUGUGUGCCUUUAGAAACUGAAAUUGAAUACUUCUAUUGAAUUUGAAUAGAAGAAUUUGAAAUUGAUGGUUUGAAACUGGAUUUAUCUGCCUUUGAAAUUGAAUUUGACCUACAUGAGAAUUCAACUCUGUUUUCCUUAAAUUGAAAAAUAAUAAAUUCAUUUUCAGUCGGCACAAUUCAGAUUCAAUUUUAUAAUUCAAUUUCAGUUCAGCGUGACACAGCCAUUACGUCAUCUACAUCCAUGUCGAAGAGUUAUCGAACAUGUCUUCCGGUUCCAGUAAAUCAUGUUUAUGUGUCAUGAAAACAAUAGGCCAAAAGGCAUUGGUAUGAGAAUCAAAUUGUUCUUGUACCACAAUUUUUGCUGGAACAUAAACCACAGAUGGGCAUGAGUCACCUCUUGCAAGUCCAAGUCAAAUUGAUUUUAGGUUACCUCAGAAUAUCUAUUGUUGAAUAUUAUUAUUACUUCAUAAAAGUAACACAACAAGAUAGCAACAAAUAAGCUUUAUUAUUAUUGUACUAUUAUUAUUUAUGUACUUAAAGAGAAGUAAUCAUGAUAAUUGAAAUGCACUGAAUUGCAAAGAAAGCUGCACACACUCCUGUAUCCUGGUGGGUAGCUAAAAUAGGUGAUUGUAAAAUAAGUCCCAACUCAUGUUUGGCGGUAUGAACAAAAUCUUGUUACACAGUAUGAGUAAUUUCAUAUCUCGGUAACAGUAUAUAUCACUGUAUGUUUGUUUUCCUCCUGUAAAUUCAAUUAACGGCUUAAAAAUAACCAUACAGUAUUACUGUAGCAUUUGUUCAUUUUCCUUUUAUUUUUAAACUAUGAUUUGUAUACAAAUGCAAACAAAAUGCCAGACCAGUCUGGCGAUUUUUUUAUCAUAUGGCGUACCUUUGGCGAAAGACUCUGCCAAGCUCUUUUGUAUAAAAGGAGCUGCUGCAACUUGAGUUUUAGGUGCAGCAGGUGCGCCACGCAUCUUUUUGGCUCUCAUAAUCGAGCUUGGUGGGCGAGUUUCAUCUUUAGUUGGUGGAAGAGGUUGCUGGUGUUUUCACCUCCAACAAUGAUAGCCACAUAACACUCUUUGCAUAGUAUUGUGUUUUGAUCAUUGUCAGAUAUUCUGAAUCCGAAAAAUCUCCAGACAACUGAUGUUGCAACUCUCGACUUUUUUCGGAACGAGUUACUCCUCCUCUUCCUCAUGUUGGGUAGGUCGGGUGGCCUCCUUUUGCUCAGCACUGCCACUAAUCUCCGCAUCCGCCAUGACCACCACUCUUGAAGCUGUUACUUCUUUGUCGAAACUAUGCCAAGCAGUCUGCUAGACAUGCUGGUGAUUAUAGGGAGCACACCCGGACCUGACCAAUCUAACAGAGCGAACACACUCCACACGACACGCUGGUGAAUAUACAGAAACGCACCCAAACGGACGCGCUCCAGCUUCCCUGUUGGCGAGCGCAAACAACUCCACACUGACUCAGAGAGAUGCAGCAGACAUCUGCUCUCUCUCUCCGGUAUAAACGGCACAGCAAAAUUUCUACCGGUAGACACUUUUGUUCCAUGGGCUAUAUUUUGAAUCCACCCCUGACUCUCACACCUCUCCCCCAGGUGUGGUGACCCAUCUCCUACAACUCAUUAUGCCUUUCUGUGUCUUAUCUUUUGGGGGGAAAACAAGAAAAAAAACUUAUUAACAAGACCCCAAAUAAGACAACUCACGUUUUGAAUGUUUCAUUAUCACAACAGGUGAUCCAUGAUCACCUGCUGUGAUAAUGAUCCAAAUUUAAGAGCAACAACAACAACCAGCUGUGCAAAACUUUUUUUUUUUUUCCAAAAGAGGUAUCCUUUCUGUCUUUCCCUCUCUGACUUAGACCACCUGCAGAUCACAUGCCAUUUGCAACAUACACAGGAAUGAAGAGCAAUUGAGCAGUGAUCAUUCACUUUUUGAUCAUGGAUAGCAGUCUUUUACCAAUGAAAAAUGAUUAAAAGUUGUCUGUGGUAAUGCUUUUACAACCUUUGUACUUAUGUUCUAAAUGUAGAAACUAUGUGCCAUUGCAGCAGCAGGUGAUGUGUUGUGGCUGUUCAGGCACAAGAUGCAGAAGAUAUGGUGUGAUAUGAGGGAGUGAUAUUGAACUCUUGAUGUCAUUGAGACAAAUUACAAAAAAAAAGAUUGUCCCAAAGCUCAAGUCAGAGGCAAGUCUCAAGUCUCUGUGGAUCAAGUCCAAGUUAAGUCUGAAGUUAUGUUAGUGUGCUACUUAAAUGCAACACAAGUCCAAGCCUCAAACUCGAGUCCCUAUCUCUGGCUUUGACCCUUCUAGAGUUUUCCUUCUCCACCUUACGGCAUUUGGAAGUGAGUAAAGUUAAGCUAGAAUCCUCCACUCAACUAGAUGCUCUUGGCGGAGACAAGUAUCCAGGAUUCUGGCUGCAUGGAUGCCUAAAGUCGCUUGGUGUCACAUCUUGAUUGGAAAAAAUAUUCAGUAGUUUACUAUUGUGAGUCAUGAAGAGAGACGGCAAAAACCACUGUCAAAGCAUAGCCUGUUGUUUUAUCUGCCAACUUUAAAAAAAACAGACUUUAUUGUGUUAUUGACAAUAUUACAGCAAUGAAUAUACAGACAAAGACAUAUGGAUAGAAGGAAUGGGAUAGAAAGCCAAUUAAAUUUGAAUUGUAUGUAUGCAUGCAUACAUUUCUCACACACACACACACACACACACACACACACACACACACACACACACACACACACACACACACACACACACACACACACACACACACACACACACAACCUCCCUGGCCAACAGGUAAGUGAGGCCAUAUAUGUAUGUGAACACUCUGGUAAAUAUCUGGGAGAGAGCGCCUGAAUUUUCUACAGCGCAUGUCUGAAUCACCAUACCACCCAUCAAAUGCUGAUUUAUUUUUGAUUUAUGUUUAAUUUAUUUUUUUGUACUCUCAUUUCACUCCAAAAUAUGUCUCUACAUAUGUUCUCCCCCCUUUCACUCCCUCUACUCCUUACCCAUUGCCCUCCUCAACCCUCAUUUUCUUUCCACAGCAUGAGAAUGUAAGCAACCAAACUGUGUUUCCCUCUGCCUCCUCUAUUAAGACGGAGCACUCUGUGCUGCCCAAGUCUGCCAGUGCCUCCCUGGAUGAUGGAGAGGUAAAGAAGAUCAUGGAGGAGUGUAAGCGACUGCAGAUGGAGGUCCAGAGGCUACGAGAAGAAAACAAACAGAUUAGAGUGAGUUGCCAAAAAAUCUGAAAGAGACAGUGUUUGGUGUAUCAUUUGCCACAGGAAGGUAUAAUAGAGGCUCCCUAUGCUCGCCCUUGAUUUUCAGGAGCUCUGCUCCUGGAAAACAAAAUAGCUAAAUAAAAUGAAAUAAAUAAUUAAAUUUAUAUGGAAAGAAACAGAGUAGGUAGAGACUACUGCACACCAAUAGUUAAAGAAUAUAAAACAGUUACAAGAAGAGAUAAAAAAUAAGUUGGGACAUAAAAUAGAUAUCAAAUAUUAAAAAUUCAAAAUGAUAAAAAGGUAAUCAACACAUAUAUAUUUAUAUAGGCUAGCAGUGAAAGUAAGUAAAAAAAUAAAAUAUCAAGUCAAGAAUAAACCAAUAACACUUGAGAGGCAGAGGUUAAGUAACUUCAAUGUCAGUACAAAAAGUAGCAGGCCACCAGAGCAGAGAAUUAAAAAUAGGAGUUAUGUGUGCUCUCCUUGUAUUUGUCAUCAUAGGUACUGCACUGUGCAUAAAUACAGCUUAAGAUGGAGAUUUGUUCUUGAAUGUCAUGUCUACUGUCUAAAAAAUGAAGCAUUGAGUUCUGUGAAUGAAAUACCUUUUCUUUGCUACUUAAAAACCGCACAGUACUAUUUUCCUCAGGCUACAAAAUACUACAAAACUGCACUUUCCUUGAGUGUAGUAAUACUCUGUCAAACCUAGCACACGCAUAUUAAUAAUGGUACUAUUGCUUUUUAAAGGGAAGAGUUGUAUUGUAGAAACACUUUUGCUUUGCUGUUAAAGUAAUCUUUUUAGAUUUAAGUUUGGUCCUCUACAUUUUUGUUAGUUGUGUUAUGAGGGAUUUGCGUCAUGCUGUUGUCAUUGUAAUAUUUCCUGCUUGAAACAUCUUGAAGAAAAACAAAUCUUCCCUCCUUGGUGGUUCUUUAUUGAAUGUUGUGAAACACUUAAUACAUUUAGUUUGUGCAGGCAGAUGAAAAAUCAAAGGACAGGACAUCAAAGGAAAACAUGAAAUUUUGGCACCCACAGGGGGUUCUGAUGUCAUGAGAAAAAGAGAAUUAUAGCCUCCACUGUCAAUAGCACUCUACAAAGUUAAACACAAAUUGAUGGUCAGUCCAUCACUCAACAUUGUAAAUGGAUGUUAAACAAUUAUCAUUUUAACUUCUCUCUGGUUGGCAUGCUAUGUGAUGACUGUGUUUUUAUUGACAUCAUCUCUGACUAUUUUUCUUCGUUGCAGGAGGAUGACGGACUGCGAAAGCGAAAAGUGACCUCAAUGGCUACGCCUCACUCUUCCUCCUCCAGCAUGGCAACUUCUGCCAUGAGGGACGAAGGUCUAAGCACCCGUCUAUUGGCACUCUGUGUGCUCUUUUUUGUCAUUGGAGUCAUUGUUGGCAAGUUGGCCCUGUAGAGACACAGACAGACAAGAGCACAGUAAUAGAUGGAUGGACAGACGGACGGAUGGCCUGCUCCAGGGGACAAGUGUCUACGACAGCAGUGGGGAAGCCUUCUGGGUUUAUUUUGAUUUCUCUGUUAACAUUUAAGGCAAUAUUAUGAGGGGUCUCUCUGGAUGGAUAAUAAUUUGUAUGAAAAGAGAAGGAAAGAAGGCAACCCCAACAUAACCAUCAAUGACAGUAUUUUUGUCACAGGUCUUGCCUUUUUUGAGAUUUUUUAUUCUCACUAAAAUCACUCCCUUUGAUCUGUUCUGUCCGUCCAUCUUUCCUUCCUCAAUGAUCUUCCGCAACUUGCACACGUAACGGUUAGUGGUGUGUAGAAGUAGCUUCACGCUGGCUGUAUGUCUUUCAUAGAUUGUUCAUUGAUUCUUAAGUUUUCAAAGUUCCUCACUCGUGUCAAAAAAAGAGCUAACACUCUUCCUCCAAUAAUCUCUCUUCCAAUAGAAACAAUAUUUUGCCAGUAGAGUGAUCUGUGAUCAAGUGAUCAGUAAAAACUUGCAGCCCCAAUUGUAUUAUUUUUUUUUGUCUCACACUUUAUACUUUUUUGUGUUGUGCCGGUAGAAUCUCUCUCUCUCUCUCUCUCUCUCUCUAUCUCUAUCUCUCUAUCUCUCUCACUCAAACACACAGACACACAUACACGGUAAAAUCAAAUGCUAUUUUGGAUGCUUAGGAUGAGGGUUGCUUUGAAAUCAAAACUGUCCUCUGAACUGGUUUUCUGCUGUGUAAAUUUGGGGCCUGUGAUGAAAUUCCAAAAAGUAUUUUGAUCCGUUCUGUCAUUAACCACACAAAGUUUUAAUUAAAUCUACCAGCAUUUUUUUAAUCAACAAGACACAGAUUAUAAAGACCAGUUAGUGCGACAUAUAGUAUAAAAAGGAAACAAAAUAACUCUCAACCAUCAGAUUGCCACACUGUUCUAUUUACAUGAUUGUUACUUUCUUAGGAUGAGAGCGGCACUGGCUGAAACAUGUCCCAUCUUAAGCAAAGAAUCCCUUAUUCAAAACUAUCCCAGUCAUAUUCAACAUUUUGCAUACAGUAUGAAACACUACAUUUGGCCAUCUAUAACUCUUUCAUGCCACAGAGUAAUGUAUUUGUAUCAUCUAGUGUAUUAAAGCAGUUUUGCUUGUUUUAUUAUAUUACUAUGUACUCACAAAGCCUCUGUUUUACUAUUCAAAUGCACUAUAUUCAAAUUUCUAAUCUGCAGUCUGCAUGAAAUGACCUUAAUGUCUUUUCUUUUUCUUGGAGUGUUGAAAUUAUAUAGAUGGAUCAAAAAAAAUUCUUGAUAAGGGACCAUUUGAGUCAGAUUGAUCAAGUUUGUUUCCUUUCCAUUUUCUUUUCUUUUUUUUUUUUACUUGUUGGGCUCUGAUGGUUGUGAGAUAACCCAGAAAACACAGCUGUAUUAUCUUUGCUAUCACGUGACCAUCCUAGCAGAUUGUUAAGAAAAUAUCUUUUUUGGUGCCUGAGGGAUCUCAGGGAGCACAGAGGUGGUACUGUGGGUGGCUGGAAUGAAGACUGACCUGUGAAUACACACUACAAUAAAAGAAAAAAGGCAUCAGUGUUUCAGACCACACAUGCAAAGAUACAGUCACACAAUAAUGUAACCACACAGUAAUUGGAUACUCUUUUGUAUGUACAUAAUAAAAUGACUGACAAUGUUA